AGAUCUGUUAAUUUAAUUCGAAGUGGUACUUUUGGGGCCUAGGGUUCCCCGUUCGUCCGCUCUGUAGUCGUCAACGCGACCGUCUUUUGUCUCUGGCUGGCACUUUAGAAUCGGAAUGUCUUUCCUUUGUUCGACGUCGCAAAUUUAGGAACUUCUUCUCACCGCAGAAAAGGAGGUUCUUUGUGGUCUUUCUUAUUUGUUCGGUCCAAUCUAUUUAAUUCUUGGAUGCCUAAAUUAGAAAAAUUACAAACUAGACGGCCUGGAUCUUUAUCCGUGGCGGAGACUCUUGCAAAAUGGAAAGAUUACAACGAUCACCUUGACUCAUGUAAUGAUGAGGCAAAACUCACUCGUAGAGUUCCAGCCAAGGGAUCGAAGAAAGGUUGCAUGAAAGGUAAGGGAGGGCCAGAGAAUAUGCGAUGUAAUUACAGAGGAGUUAGGCAAAGGACAUGGGGGAAGUGGGUUGCAGAAAUUCGGGCACCGAAAAGAGGAAGUCGGCUGUGGUUAGGUACAUUUCCAACUGCCAUUGAUGCGGCACUUGCUUAUGAUGAAGCUGCAAGGGCCAUGUAUGGGACUUCAGCUCGCCUGAAUUUUCCCAAUAUCUCAAUUCCAACCUUGCUAAAAGAAAAAGAAUCACCACCAACAAAGGAAUCUCCUUCUCCUGAAAUCAAGAGGUCUUCAGUCUCUUCUUUAGGGUCAACUUCACUUAGUCUAAGUUACGAGUCCACAAUAACAUCAGAUCACUCUGAGGAAGGUGCAGCCGAAGAUGUGUAGCCAGCUAUAGCCUUUGACCAUUGUAAAGUUUAUGAAUCGGAGAAUUGAGGCCAGGGAUCGAUUUUUUUGGACAAUUGAUGUAAUUUCCCUUCUGUGUACAAGUAUAUGUAGGAGGUAGAGCUGAUUGUAAUUUUUUUUCCGUUGUCCGUCAUAAGUACAUGUAGGGUUCUAGGAAAGAUGAAGUGGGGGUGAAAUGUUAAAACCACUAGAACUUUUCUAAUUGAACCAUUCCUUCCUAGUGAGAAGGUAGGGUUGUAUUGGAGGGUAGAUUGAACUCUGAUAUGUGUGCUUGUUACUUGUGUAAUGAUCCAUGUAGAUGCUUUAUGUUUAAUCUGUUUUAGUGGUUCA